AUGCUACCCCGCAGGGCUUCCUUGAUCACAAGAAAGGAUAUAUGGUACAUCAAAAAACGUGUUUUACCACCACAUAUGACAUACAGAAAUCCUAAUGAUCAAGUAAGCGUGAGACUAUGGGUCAGAGAGAAGCAACUUGAGAAAAAGUUCCAAGUUCUGUUUUAUAAAGAAGUUGGUAUAGCUGAUUAUGGGCUAAAUAAGGAUGACAUUAUUUUGGUCAUUAUGACUGACCUGCAGGCCAAAAUGUUAAUGGAAUUUGGCGCUGACAAACUAUGCGUUGACGGAACCCAUGGGACAAAUGGCUAUGGUUAUCAUUUACACACUCUGGUAGUUGUAGAUGAAUUUGGAAGCGGAAUACCUGUUGCGUUUUGUUUCUCCAACAGGCAGGAUGAAGUCAUUUUGAAAAUAUUUUUCCAAGAAAUUUAUAAGUCAGUAGGGUUAAUAAAGACAACAACGUUUAUGACUGAUGACGCGCCAGCAUAUUUUAAUGCUUGGUCUCAUGUCAUGGGAAUACCAGAAAAUAAAUUGUUAUGCUCCUGGCAUGUGUCCAGGAGUUGGAAAAGAGCAACGGCACUCAAGAUUAGAAAUCGACAGAAAGAAAGAGCAGUAUAUAAUAAAUUACUAAAAAUUAAAAUGAUUUUGGACGAGAAAGACUUCCAUUUCAAAUUAGAUGCCUUUUUAAUUGAGCUUGAACAUAAAGAGUCAGAUUUUGAAGAGAAGAUGCUCGAGGCGAAUGGAUAUAGCUAUAAACACAGUGUUAAAAUGGAAGAGCAAGCUUUUCAUCAAAGACUUCGUAGAUUGAAUGGUUCUUUGAUAUCAACGAGACAGAAGGACUCAAACGUUUGUCACACUGAAAGUGCAAAACUGCUGCCUGAACAAAUUAAGAACACCAGACUGAAUAGAGAAUGGGAGGUUCUAUCUUCAAACGAUAGUCUCCCACCAUAUGUUGUUAAACAAACAAAUGAAACAUGCAAUACAACUUGCAUGCGAUGUGAAACAUGUAUGAUAUGCUUUCAUACAUACUCUUGCACUUGCAUAGAUUAUGUGGUAAGAUCCAUCAUUUGCCAACAUAUUCAUGCAUGUGUAAGAGUAUUUCCAAUUGAUACUGGAUACAGACGUGCGGUUCUGGAAGCAGUGAUGCACGAAAAAUCUGAACAGUUAAGAGACUUAGAAGAAUCACACAAUGAAAUUGACAAAGAACCUGAAGAUCAGAUCUGUACUAUGUUAAAACUAACUGGCGAAAUUGAAAAUGCCAUAAAAAAUGGACAGGUUGUUGAUAGUGCACUAUGCAUAAAAAAUUUAACCACAAUCCUAAACCAAAUGUCCUCAUUUAAAGAAAGUAAUGGAGUUCGCACAUAUAAAAAAAUGGAGUGUCAAAGAAUGAAUGCAAAUAACAAGAAGGCUUAA